UAAGAAAAAUUCAGUAGUUUCUCUCCUAAUUAAGAAGCCAAAUUUUCUUGAUGUUGUAUCUUUUUUUUUUCACUUAUGAAGUCGUAUGAUAAUUUGAUCUGAAUUUUUUUUGACAUGAUACAGAUAGUGAAGUCUCGGAGACUGAAUGAUAUUGUUUCUGGUCAACUAAACCAAUUUCAGAACAUGGCAAACAGAGCAGACAACUCAAUACGUUGUUCAAAUAGUAAAAAACCGAAUGACGGUAUGAUGCUCGUAAUAUCGAUAUUCGCAGGAAUAGUUAUCGGAUUUUUACUAGGAAUAUCUUUUCCUACAUUGUCACUAACUAAGAUUUGGGUUCCAUCGAAUCCUCGAGGUGCAGAGAUGUUGCCACCAAGUUUUGUUGCAGCCGAAUCAGAUUUUUACUUACGAAGAUUGUGGGGAUUGCCUAAAGAUGAUUUACCAGUGGUGAAGCCUAAGUAUCUAGUUGCUUUUACUGUUUCUUAUGAACAGAGAAAAAACAUCAAUGCUUGUAUCAAAAAGUUCUCAGAUAACUUCACUAUUGUCCUGUUUCAUUACGAUGGAAAAACCUCGGAAUAUGAUGAAUUUGAAUGGUCUAAACGGGCGAUACACGUGAGUGUACCUAAGCAAACCAAGUGGUGGUAUGCUAAAAGGUUUCUGCAUCCUGAUAUCAUAGCACCGUAUGAAUAUAUAUUCAUUUGGGAUGAAGAUCUUGGAGUUGAAAACUUCGACGCAGAAGAGUACAUCAAGAUUGUGAAAAAGCAUGGUUUAGAAAUUUCCCAACCCGCUGUGGAAUCAAGAAAAUCAAUCACUUGGAAGAUAACAAAGAGAAUACCCGGAAGCGAAGUUCACAAAGAAGUCGAAGAAAAACCAGGCCGCUGCAAUGACCCUCACCUACCUCCUUGUGCAGGGUUUAUAGAGAUUAUGGCUCCAGUUUUCUCAAGAGAUUCAUGGCGCUGCGUGUGGCAUAUGAUACAGAAUGACUUGGUUCACGGUUGGGGUCUUGACUUUGCGCUAAGAAAAUGUGUCGAGCCUGCACAUGAGAAGAUUGGUGUUGUGGAUUCUCAAUGGAUCAUUCAUCAAAAGAUUCCUUCUUUAGGCAGCCAGGGAACUGCGCAGGAAGGGAAAACCGCGUUCCAAGGGGUAAGAGAGAGAUGUAAACGGGAAUGGACAAUGUUUCAGAAAAGAAUGACGCGAUCAGAGCAGAAGUAUCUGAAAGAAAUUGCAUCUGCCUCUUCAAACGCUACACUUACUUAAACCAAAAGAAUAGAGGAACUGAAUAACAAAGUUUAGUGUUCAGAUAGCAUUUCCAGUAAAAAGAGCACAUAAGUAUACAUACACACUACACAUUCUUUGAAAAGAACAAUAUAGCUCUGUUCUAGAAACAGUUAUAGUAUUGAAACAGUUAAUAAAGUCCUUUUCAAACU